CUCGGGAAGAUGGCGGCUGUGUCAGUCUAUGAGCGGCCGGUUGGAGGUUUCUCUUUUGAUAACUGUCGCAGAAAUGCCGUCUUGGAAGCCGAUUUUGCGAAGAAAGGGUACAGGCUUCCAGCGGCCCGGAAAACUGGCACGACCAUCGCGGGGGUGGUCUAUAAGGAUGGCAUAGUUCUUGGAGCAGAUACAAGGGCAACUGAAGGGAUGGUUGUUGCGGACAAGAACUGUUCAAAAAUACACUUCAUAUCUCCUAACAUUUAUUGCUGUGGUGCUGGGACAGCUGCAGACACAGACAUGACAACCCAGCUCAUUUCUUCCAAUUUGGAGCUCCACUCCCUCUCCACUGGCCGCCUUCCCAGAGUUGUGACAGCCAAUCGGAUGCUGAAGCAGAUGCUUUUCAGGUAUCAAGGUUACAUUGGUGCAGCCCUAGUUUUGGGGGGAGUAGAUGUUACUGGACCUCACCUCUACAGCAUCUAUCCUCAUGGAUCAACUGAUAAGUUGCCUUAUGUCACCAUGGGUUCUGGCUCCUUGGCAGCAAUGGCUGUGUUUGAAGAUAAGUUUAGGCCAGAUAUGGAGGAGGAGGAAGCCAAGAAGCUGGUGAGUGAAGCCAUUGCAGCUGGCAUCUUCAACGACCUGGGAUCUGGAAGUAACAUUGAUCUCUGUGUCAUCAGCAAGAGCAAGCUGGACUUCCUCCGCCCGUACUCAGUGCCCAACAAGAAGGGGACUAGGUUUGGCCGGUACAGAUGUGAGAAAGGGACCACUGCAGUCCUCACUGAAAAAGUCACCGCCCUGGAAAUCGAGGUGCUGGAAGAAACAGUUCAAACAAUGGACACUUCCUGAAUGGUGUCCAUGGAGUACCUGGGCUUCGAGCAGGAUGGGAAUCACCCUGAUGGGCUGAUUAGUGCUCUGCAGGAUGGGGGGUGGGGGGCAGUGGCAGCUCCCCUAUAAGACCUUCAUUUGGCGCAGUGUCUGCUGAAUGAGACCCAAUAAAAAAAUGAAAACCGGAAAA